AUGUCAGAGUCCCCUGAGGGGCCAGUGAGAGCUAGGAGCUGCAGCCAGGUUCUUAUCCAGCUGUGGAGAGACUUCAUCCAGUGUUACUCUACCAGGGAGCUACUGUACUGGUCAGUGUGGUGGGCACUGGCCAUCUGUGGUUAUAACCAGACAAUGAACUAUGUUCAGGUGCUGUGGCAGCACGUAGAGCCAUCCCAGAACUUCACAGUCUACGAUGGAGGGGUGGAAGCUGUGUCCAACCUAUUUGGUGAGUAAGCCAACAACGCUAUAGACCCAUUUCCUGGUGCCGUCAUGAAAUGUUGUGUGCGCAGUUCGAGUUGGGAUCUGACCGCGACCCGCAUCCUGUGCCAGGCCAGAACAGCCCAGGGAUGGACCAACCAGGGAGGCAAAGUUAGUUAACAUAGCGACCAGUGCACCAGUGUUUUAUUGAGGUGUCGCCAGCGGUAACUAACAUGGCGACCAGUGCACCAGUGUUGUAUCGAGAUGCCUGUCGAUCUGAGGUGCUUCCCACUGGACAGCUGUAUCACAGUGUCGCCGGCGGUAGCUAGUAACGUGGCCCAUUUUUGCCCCUCCCAGGAUUAUAUUUCAAGUAGGAUAGCAGCUUACACAAGAAAUAACUCAUAUUGGUAGUCGUCUAGAUGUCACCAUGAUACAGUCUACUCAGUUGGGAGCGCAUGAAUGGCAACACCACCGGGACACAGUGUCUUUCGCUCCCGUUUGCCAAGCACUGCAGUCCCGCAACAGUGUGGGAAGUAGCUACUAUAGUCUCGCUAAUGUCAGGGGGUGACAGACAGUCACAGCAAGCACAUGCAUGCAACACAUUCAAGCAACAGUACACUCAUCAUAAGUACUUUCAAUACAAAUAAACAGUCGGCCUCCCGAGUGGCGUAGCGGUCUAAGGCACUGCAUCGCAGUGCUUGAAGUGUCACUACAGACCUGGGUUAAAUCCCAGGCUGUGUCACAGCUGGUCGUGACCGGGAGACCCAUGAGGCGGCGCACAAUUGGCCCAGCGUCAACCCGGGUUAGGGGAGGGUUUGGCCGUCCGGGAUUUCUUUGUCCCAUCACGCUCUAGCGACUCCUUGUGGCGGGCCGGGCGCCUGCAAGCUGACGUCAGUUGGCAGCUGGACGGUGUUUCCUCCGACAUAUUGGUGCGGCAGGCUUCCGAGUUAAGCAAGCAGUGUGUCAAGAAGCAGUGCGGCUUGACAGGGUCGUGUUUCGGAGGACGCGUGGCUCUCGACCUUUGCCUCUCCCAAGUCCGUAGGGGAGUUGCAGCGAUGGGACAAGACUGUAACUACCAAUUGGAUAUCACGAAAAAGGGGUAAAAGUAAAAAAAUAAAACGGUACAAUUAUUUUUUGUGUAAAACUAACAGUGAAAUAUGACUCCGACUCAUCCUCUCCGGCUUCAAAACCAAACUCUUGCAGUAGUUCUGCUGCUAAGUGAAAUCCGACUCUGUAGACCCGUAGAAUGAGGAAGUAUCCAGGAGCCAAUGGGAAGAGGGGGCUGGUUUUCCUUGAGCGGUCCAAGAGGAGCAUCCAGGAGCCAAUGGAAUGAGGGGGUUGGUUUUCCCUGGGCGGUCUUUCCCUGGACGCGGGUCGCAGUUGGACCAUAUUGUGCAGUUCUUCAUCAGAAACCUUGUUGUUUACCUAGCAAUGGAUACAAUCACAUGCAACUUCAAAUGCAGCUUGUGCAAGUUAACAAACAUGUAAUCAGAUGGUUCUAUAUCGUGGAGCUCCACCCCAUAGGGGGGGCUUCACUCCUAUUGGUUUACCACUCUGCCUAGGCAGCACAGCCUGAUAAGAAAAUGAUGCAUGCGCUCCAGCCAAUGGGAGACCAGCUGGCCCUAUAUAUUGGAGCGCCCCCUAUCCAUCAGUCUCCAUUUUUCUUCAGUGAGACUGACAAUUGCCUUGAAGAGAGAAGCACGCCAAAGACUUAGGACGAACCUGCCGUUGAUGGAGAAGACACUCGACGUUGUCGGCUACUGCAGACCCACAUGACCUAUGUCAUGUGUGCUUGGGGGGGAAAGUUGAGUGUGCUUAUAGGGAAGUUGGGCUGUGCCACUGUUAUACAGUCGGCAUUUAGCAGCGGUCAGGACCAUAGGGGAAUAAAUACGUUUUCUACUGAAUGCUCCUCAGUUUCGCACUCUCCUGCUUUCACAGAAUUAUUGGGAGUACUCUGCCCACCUGGCUAUACCGGAAGUUGAGGCGAGAUUACGCUAUUCAAUUUCACUGUACCCCUCCACCCUUUACGGGAAUCGUGGCGACGGUGAUGGCAUCUCUAGAGAAGGUCACAGCUCUGAACAAAGAGAUUGCAAAGAAGGCAAUUACAGUAGUUCCUCCGGAGCAGAGGAAAAAAAGAUCUCAACUCGCCCUACUUUCUCGUGCCAUAAAAAGACGUGGGCGUGCAGCUGAUUUUGGAUUUACGUGUACUGAACAAGAGCGUACCCAAACAGCCUUUUCCCCCAUGCUCACAAAAAAACGUCUGCAUGCGCAUCGACCUGAAGGAAGCGUACUUCCAUGUGCUUCCGUGUCACAGGAGGUUUCUAUGCUUUGCCUUCCAGGGAAGUAGCGUAUGAGUACACAAGGGUGCCUUUCGAGUAUGCCCUGGCACCUCGUACCAUUUCCAAAUGUGUGGAGGCGGCUAUAGAGCCUCUACGUCGCCAAGGAGUCAGGAUGCUGGCCUACUUUGACGACCUGUAGGUUCUCACCCCGUCAGCAAAGCUGGCGAUAGCACACACAGCCUGGCUGGUGAUGCAUUUCACGCUGAGAAUUGGGAAAAGAGCGUGCUGUCACUCCUGCACCCGCUCCCCCUCCCUGGCACUCGAGGGCAUCAUUAUGCACACCUGUUACCAUCAUUACACGCAUCAGCGCUCAUUGGACUCACCUGGACUCCUUCACUUUGUUGAUUGCCCCUUCUAAAUCGGUUUGUUCCCCAGUUUGAUCCCCGUGUCUGCAUGUCUGUUUAUAUUAAAUGUUCACUCCCUGUACCUGAUUCUCAUCUCCCAGCGUCGGUCCUCACACGUGCAGCAGAUUGUUUAUCUGGGUCUCCAGUUUUACACUGCGACCAUGAUGGCACGGAUUUCUAAUCCUCGAAAAUCUGCGAUUCUGUUGGCCCUCAGUCAGUAUCAUCCGAAGCACGGUGACGGCGCACUCUGUCAUGUCCCUUCUAGGGCUCAUGUCGUCUGCCCACACCGUGGUCCCACUGGGGCUCCUGCACAUGCGCACACUACAGCAGUGGUUCACCCAGCUACGACUAGAUCUGGUGCAUCAUCAUUGUCGUCUGUUGGUAGUUCUCCACUCUCUCAGAGCGGAUCUGAACUAUUGGCAUCCCCUCGCACAUCCCGGUCUAUACAGACGCGUCUCUGACGGGAUGGAGUGGGACAUGUCAGACUCUGGCAGUGGGAGGUGUGUGGCCUCCAUUGGAGUGUCACAUCAACCUCAUGGAGUUGGAAACAGUUCUGCUGGUACUGCGACACUUCACCCUGUGCUUCAGGGUCGUGACGUGUUGGUCUGACCAGACAAUCGAACUGCGGUGGCCUACAUCAACCGCCAGGGAGGAGUUAGGUCUUGUUGACAUCACUACACAUUCCAGGCCAGCUCAACGAAGGGACAGACCUCAGUCCCGAGGGGGUCCUCGGGACGACGAGUGGCGUCUGCACCCCAAUAUUGUUCACACGCUGGUGCGACAGUAAAACCAUCGACCCGAUGUGUUGCCGGGUGGAGAGUUCUUUUUUCUGCAAUUUCUCUUUGACAGACAACCUUUGCCAUCCACCAUUAAGGUGUAUGCCUCAGUGAUUUCUGCCUGUUAUGAGGGAUUUGGCAGGGUGUCUGUUUUUAGCAACCCCUUCAAGAAAUAUUUUCUGUUGGGGACACGGCGCCACAGUGGGAUUUGGCAUUGGUGCUUGAGGAGCUUUGGAAGCUAGAGCCCUGCACGGACGUACAUUUUAAGCCCUAUCCACGCGCGGAACAUUCAGGCCCCGAUUGCUUCUGCCCACUUUAAGGCCCUGCCCGAAGCCCGGAAUCAGAAAUAACUUCCUCCGUUAGUAAAUCCAUUAGCUGCACCUCUCUGUCCGUUGCUCGCUCCCUGCACACAGCUCGCUCUGCAUGCGCUCUGCUCGUGGCAGCUUUGAGUCUGAGUAUCUAUAGCAACAGCUCCGCUUGGGCUGCUCAAUGAAGCAACAUCAGACAGCAGUUAGCUGCUUUAUCACGCUAAACUCAAGGAACAUUAUUAUUUUCUAUGAAGUAAUCUCUCCUGUCUCAUAUUUGAUGAGGUUGAAGCACUUCUGAAACCAUGUUAUGAUCUUAGUCAGAUAUAACUGUACGGCGCAGCAGAGCAUGCACAAAUGGCCCAGCUUCAAAAUGUUAGUGAUCAAUUUAGUGAUACCCGAGCCCUACCUGUACCCUAGUUAUUGAUAAAACAAAAUCAGGCCCUACCCGGCCAUAACCCAAUGUAUAAUGUCAGGGGCCCGUCGGGCACGGGUCGGGUAGCAGAGCUCUAUUGUAAGCCGCCAUUAGAGCCAUUAGCCCAGAAUCCAUUGAAAAUGCUGUCUCUAAAGACAGCAUUGCUACUGGCUUUGAACUCUGCCAAAUUUGUCAGUGACCUGUGCGCUCUGUCGACACGACUGUCUCACCAUUAAAAGGCAGAUCGCGGAUCCUGGAGCUAUGGAUUUUCUCCCCUCCUCCACAUGAAGGGGCCAGAGAGGUACAGCUCCAUCGUCUGUGUCCAGUUCGCGCAUUGUGUGUAAUUCAGUCAUCGCCAAUGUUCCCUCUAAUCACAUUAUUUUCGGCACUGAGCAAAUUUCUGGUCUGCUGAGCUCAAACUUGAGCUUUGUGAAAAUUCAGUGCAACUUCUGGUAAACACUGAGGCUGUACCCACUUUAAGUUAGCUAUAACAGUGGUCAAGUAGGCUACUGUGGCUAUUUGAUCAUAAUGUAGACCUAUCAGAGUGGCCUACCAUCAAAAUCAAUGGAGAAAAUGCAUCCCAUACAUUGUAACAUGGAAAUAGCUGUUCUUUCAUUCAGCCUACAGUACCAGCCAAUGUGUGGUGUUCAAUGUAGGCCUACAUUCCGUGAGACUUUUGGAAAAAAAUAUGCAGGGCUUGACAUUAACCUGUUUAUUCACUUGUCCUUCAGACAAGGAGGUGACUGAGAAUGUGUUGUUUGAAACCACCACAAAAUAAAGUUAACUAUUAUUCCCAUACCAUUAUUACAGAGAAUCAGACAAAUUGUGCUACCCUCUGCCUAUUGGCUACUUAGCUUAUUCAACCCUGUCUCAAAAUACAACACUGCCCCUUUAAGACAGAAAAAAAUUAUCAUCUUUACCUGACUCGCUUUUCAAAGAUGGCUAGAAAUGCACACGCUUUGUGAUCUUGUAGGAAGCAACCACUUCCCCCAUUGCUGACUAGAAAUGAACUAUAACUGGGCUAAUAACUCACUAACUAGCAAAGAAUAUGAACUAAUGUGCACGUGGCUACAUGAAGCUCUCGCUUUGAUCUCAAAACAAGUGCAUCUCCUCCUGACCACUCAUGCUGUGAACACAGUCCAGUUCAAAGUGAAUGGCACAGAUCCAUAUAUGGCAAUGGUCUAUUUGCAUAUAGGGAUACUGCAGCACUGACUGGUUAUGCCGCACCGGUCUGUAGAGUAUGGGCUGAGUCAUGCCUGUCAAUGCAAUAGAAUCCUACUCCGGUGCGUUCUGCCUACAAGAAAAUAUCGAUCAUAGUUUUCUUUUGCAUACUAAGUUGCAUAGUUCAUUUUGUUUAGGUAUGUUGCAUUGAAAGUGGCUAAUAUUGGCAAUUCCCACAGUAGAGGGAAACGUUGAUAGUGUUAACUAAAGGGGAAAACUAGAAAGUUGAGUGAAGGUCAAUCUCGUGCUUCUCUGCACAGGCUGAUAUUUCUUCUACAUAGCAGUCCCAGGGGAGCCCCAUGCAGCUUAAAGGGAACAUUGGUCAUCGCCUCAGCUGUUUGUCUGCUAUGGCGCGGCUGCGCUUGGUAGGCCACUUUCCAAGCAGCGUUUGUCUCACUGGCUUUGCGAUUGCAUUGAGAUAGCCUAUCAGACAGAAGGGCGUCCCUUGCCUUCGGACAUCAGGGCCCACUCCACACGUGGAGUUGCGGCUUCCACUUGCCGUUUUAGGGAUGUGGGGAUCAGGGAUAUUUGUGCGCCAGUGUCGUGGUCGACACCAUCCCCAUUUAUCCGUUUAUAUCUCUUAGAUAUGUCCUCGGGCUCUCUCUUGCUCAGUCUGUACUGAGAGGGCUUAGGCUGAGGGACCGGGUUGGUGGGCUACUGAGAUUUCUUUCUCUUUGACAGCCUUCUUUGUGGGACAUAUGUAAGGGGUCAUGAUUACGGUCUGCAGAGUUCAGUUUGUCCAUGACCUUCGGUCUGCUCACCAGUCUUUGACUAGGUGCGGCGGACUGACUGACUGAGGACACAGUAGCUAUAUACACUUAGUACUCCUUUUCUUUAUGUGGGAAGUGUUAGGACCAGCAGGGAGUACAUUCCGGCUCGCUUGCUCUGCCCUACCCUAAACCAAUAGGAGCGAAGCCCCCCCUAUGGGGCGGAGCUCCACAAUAUAGAACAAUAUUUACUUGGUAUGUAACUCCAGUUCUAUGAGUGGAAAGGAGUGGGCUUCAGGCUCUGCCGGCCACCAGGGUCUCACUGAAGACUAUAAGGGAGGCUGAUGGAUAGGGGGUGCUCCAACAUAUAGGGUUAGCUGGUCUCCCAUUGGCUGGAGUGCAUGCAUCAUUUUCUUAUCAGGCUGCACUGCCUAGGCAGCGGGGUAAACCAAUAGCAGCGAAGCUCCCGCUAAGGCGCUUUGCUCCACUCAUAGAACUGGAAUUACAUACCCAGUAACUAUCGUUAUCGUCUACAACAUUGCGGAUGUCAGAGGAUUGAUUACCUAGCAAGCUAGCAAGCCAGCGAGGUAAGGUAAAAUAUCACAAAUAGAGCUAGAUAAAGCCAGAAUAAUAAUAUACUUGUUGAACAACUGCAUCCCACCGCUGCAACCAAAAACACAAACUUUUGAAAAAUGUAAGACUAAAGGAUGAACACAGCAUAUGGAGCUCAAGAACGUCCCUUUAUUCUCUCAAGUAAACCAUCUCAAACAGGAUACAUGACCAUCUGUUUUUUGUAGAUGCUUGUCAGGCAUUAAUAAUCAAUCAUCAACAGUCUAACACCUUACAAUGGUAUAUAGCAACGUCAUGUAAAAUGUUAGGGCUCAGAGCACUGUGUGUUCCUUGCAGGAGCAGUGACAGCCUAUGGUAUUGGUUUCACCCAGGUGGAUUGGGCCCAGUGGGGAGAGUUGGCUCUGGGUUAA